AUACCCAGCAACUUUAUCAACUUCACUUCAUCAUUUACACCAGUGGCUUCAUUCUUGCUGGUAAUUCCCUUCAUUCAAUAUUCUAGCUUUGCCUCUUAAUCCCAACUCCAACUCCAAUAUGGCUGUUGAACUGGUUGCUGGUGCUUUGCUCUCUGCUUCACUUCAAGUUCUGUUUGAGCGAUUGGCCUCUGAGGAGAUACCCCAGCUGUUCCAAGGAAAGAAAUCCAUUCUCAAGCUGCUAGACAAGCUGAACACUAGGAUGUUAUCAGCUAAUGUUCUGCUUAAUGAUGCUGAGGAGAAGCAACUUCGAAAUGACAACGUCAAGAAGUGGCUGUUCAAGCUUCAAGAUGUCAUCUAUGAAGCCGACGACUUGGCGGACAGAAUUGACUAUGAAGCUCUGCGAUCCAAGCUUGAAGAUGGUCAAUCCAGCAGCGGUGCAACCAAGGUAUUUAACCAACUGAAAUCCAUGUCACCUUUCUUGUCCACAUUUGAUAAAACUGUAGAGCGAGAUGCCAAAGAGAUCCUUGAUAAACUAGAUGAUCUUCUUGAUCAAAAGGAUGCUCUUGGCUUGAGAGAAGGUGUUGAAAACAAAUCUUCAGUAAGGCCACCUGCUCCUUUAGUGGAAGAAUCCGAUGUUUAUGGGAGGGAGACUGAAAAAGAAACCAUAGUCGACUUGUUGCUGAAAGACGAUGUUAAUGCUGGUGCUAAGAUUUCUGUCAUCCCGAUUGUCGGGAUGGGUGGUGUUGGCAAAACCACUCUUGCUCAACUUGUUUAUGAUGAUGAUCGAGUUAGAAAACAUUUUGACCUGAAAGUAUGGGUUACUGUGUCAGUUGAGUUUGAUAUUUUUAAGAUAACAAAAGAGAUCUUUGAGGGGGUCACUUCCAAAAAAUGUGAUAUCGAAAACUUAGACGAACUUAGAAGGAGAUUGAAGGAAACAUUAAAAGGAAAUAAAUUUCUCUUUACUCAUGAUGACGUUUGGAAUGAGUCUUAUUCUUUGUGGGACACUUUAAAGAGUUCUUUCGAGUCUGGAGCACAUGGAAGUAAAAUUAUUGUGACUACCCGAAGCACAAUUGUCGCCUCUACUAUGGCCACCGGGCAGCUUCAUCAUCUACAAACUUUGACGAGUGAAGAUUGUUGGAAAUUAUUUAUCAAACAUGCUUUUGGAAAUAACGGUGAUCUCAGUGACUACCAAGACCUAGAAGUAAUUGGUAGGAAGAUAGUGGAUAAGUGCAAGGGCCUUCCUCUAGCAAUAAAAUCUCUUGGUGGACUAUUGCGUUCUCAACGAAACAUCGAAAAAUGGGAAGACAUACUUAAUAGUGACACAUGGGAUGAGUUGUACAAGAAGGAGAGUUCCAUUCUUCCAGCUUUAUGAUUGAGCUACCGCCACUUACCUCAACAUCUCAAACAAUGUUUUGCGUAUUGCUCCAUAUUUUCCAAAGAUUGUGAAAUUGAUGGAGAAAUUUUGAUUUUGCUAUGGAUGGCCGAAGGUUUUUUGCCACUUGAUAAAAAAUGUAAAAAGAUGGAGGAACUUGGCGGGGAAUACCUUCAAGAUCUUAUAUCAAGGUCAUUGUUUCAACGAUCAAGUAAGAAAAAGUCAUUUCUUCAAAUGCAUGACUUGGUACAUGAUUUAGCCAUACUUGUAUCAGAUCAUUUUUGUUUUAGGUUGGAUUAUAUGAGUAAUGAUUCACUUUGUCUUUCAUCAAAGACCCGUCAUUUGUCAUAUAUGAAGAAGUGUUACGACAUCAACGAACUUAAGGGUUUGUAUAAAGCCAAGAGCUUGCGUACCUUUCUUGGAUGGCCAUUUCAACAAAGUUACUUUCAUCUGAGAUUAGUCUCCUCUGAUAUGUUGCUUAGAACAGGAAGUUGUUUAAGAGCUCUUUCUUUAAAUGAGUUCUCUAUCAAGAAGCUGCCGAAUUCAAUUGGCAAUUUAAAGCAUUUAAGGUACUUGGACUUGUCUUACACUAAAAUUAAAAAGUUACCUUAUUCAGUUUGUACUUUGUAUUAUUUACAAACUUUAUUAUUAUUAAAUUGUACUAAGCUUUCUCAUUUACCAAAGAAGAUGGGAAGUUUAAUCAACUUGCGAUAUCUAGAGAUUGAUGGUGUACCUUUGAAGGAGUUUCCCCAAGAUAUGAGCAAUAUGAAGCACUUGCAAUUUUUAUGUAAUGUGAUUUUGAGCGAUAAAAGUAGCGGAGGAUUUAAAAUGAAAAGGGUAGCAGAGCUUGAAAGUUUACGAUGCAUUUCGGGGUUGGAAAAUAUUAAUGAUGCAAGAGAAGCUUUAGGGGCUAAUUUGAAGGAUAAGAAGGGCCUUUCGAAAUUGACUUUGAGGUGGAAUUCCAAUGCUUGGGGGGCUGAUAAUUUGCAAAAAGAAAAGGAUAUAUUUGAUGCACUUCGACCCCAUGCAAACUUGGAGCAUCUUGUGAUUGAAAAUUACAGAGGUACAACAUUCUCAGACUGGAUUGGAGACUCUGCAUUUGUUAAUUUGGUAUCAAUCAGCUUAAUCUCUUGUGAAAAUUGUUGUACUUUACCCCCACUUGGGCAACUACCGUUUCUCAAAGAACUUGAAAUUAGAGGAUGUGAUAGUGUGAUCUCAAUAGGCGCUGAGAUUGAUCACACAGGAUGUCUAUUCAGUCAUCUAGAAAGGUUAACAAUCAUAGGAAUGUUGGAGUGGAAAGAUUGGUCAUUUAGUAGUGGAGCUAUGCAAGAAGGUCGAAUAUUCCCUCUUCUUAAAGAACUUUAUUUGGAUAAUUGUCCAAAGCUUAAUGUUGGCUUUCCUGGUUAUCUUCCAUCCUUGAAACAUCUUACUAUCUCUCAUUGUGAACAAAUGGCGGUUUUGCUCCCAAGAACUCAGCAAACUGUCACAGCCCCUCCCUCUCUUGUCUCUGUGAGAAUAAGUAAUUGUCCAGUGUUGGAAUCACUUCUAAACUGGGGAUCACACUCAAAAGUAGCGAAGCUUGAAUUAUGGGACUCCAAAAGGCUCUUUGAGAACCAUAAGCAAUGGGAUCUGCAUAGACUCUUCUGUCUAGAAUACUUAAGUAUCAGUGGAUGGGAUGAUGAUUCCUUUCUCGACGAGGGGCUCCUUCCAACCAAUCUUACUAGACUUGAGAUUUACAGUUCUAGUAACCUUGAAAUUCUAAACGACAAUGUGUUUCAACAACUUACCUCCCUUACAUCCUUGAGUAUAUAUGAUUGUGAAAAGUUGCGAUGCUUGCCAAAAGAAGGGCUUCCUACUUCCCUUUCUGAAUUAUUUAUAUUGAAAUGUCCUUUGCUGAAGCAAUGCUGCGAGAAAGGAGAAGAAGAUUGACCUAAGAUUCAGCACAUCACUACGCUGUGGAUAGAAGAUUAGCGUAUUAUUGUUAACAUGCCAACAUGCCAUGAAAUUCUCAAAGAGUUUGAAAGAUUCAAUUAUUAGGACUUUAAUCUUUGUAAGAGUUUGCUGAAACUUGUUAUGUUUUUUUUUUGUCCUCUUAAUCAAUUAUUUUGCUGCAACAAGCAUAUAAACUAAUGUUUGGUAGAGCUCAACAAGGUUGCUGUUAUAUAUUCUUCUGCAUAAUCUACUUGCUUAAUAUGUUUGGUAAAGUAAA